CAUGCUACCCCCUGCUGCUUCACUUAUCCAAAGUGCUGAGCUGCAUGAGCAUCACCACCAACUACCCCACCGCUCACCUUGGGGAGAGAGAACACGUCCGGCCACAUCUCCGCGCUUGGUGACGCGUCCAGCAUUUAGACCUCGCUGUUUAUAUCGAGAGCGUGGUGGCAGCUGCCCGAAUCAUGUCAGCGAAAGGCAAGAAGUAUCAGAAGAGAGUGUCGUUCCCUGAGCAGGACAAUGUGCUGGACUGGAAAGAGAGGAACGGGGGGCUGGAUUCACAUCAUUUGAAAUCGGUGAAAACCGUUAGCGAUUCAUCCGACUACUAUCAAUCCCCAAUGCAAGAGGGUGAUAAUCUCGCACAACGGAGACUCACCAUGAUGAGAGACAAAGGAAGACGGCCAGCUGUCCGAGGCCCGGCAUUCAUGUUUAACAACAGGGGCACCAGCCUGACGACCGAGGAGGAGAGGUUUUUGGACGCUGCAGAGUAUGGAAACAUUCCUGUGGUGCGCAAGAUGCUUGAGGAAUCCAGAACUUUAAAUGUCAACUGCGUCGACUACAUGGGCCAAACCAGCCUGCAACUCGCAGUGGGAAAUGAACAUUUGGAAGUGACUGAGCUGCUCUUGAAAAAGGACAACCUGGCCCGCAUCGGUGACGCUCUGCUUCUUGCUAUCAGCAAGGGUUACAUACGGAUUGUGGAAGCGAUAUUGAACCACCCAGCAUUUGUGACGAGUAAACGGUUGACUCUCAGCCCCUGUGAGCUGCAGGAUGAUGAUUUGUAUUCGUACGAUGAAGACGGCACAAGGUUCUCUCCUGACAUCACCCCCAUCAUCCUAGCCGCCCACUGCCAGAAGUACGAGGUCGUGCACAUGCUGCUCAUGAAAGGCGCUCGCAUCGAGAAACCCCAUGAUUAUUUCUGCAAGUGCAAUGAAUGCAUGGAAAAGCAGAGGCAUGACGCUUUCAGCCAUUCCCGCUCACGAAUAAAUGCCUACAAAGGAUUAGCAAGUCCUGCUUAUCUGUCUCUGGCUAGCGAAGACCCAGUCCUCACUGCAUUAGAGCUUAGCAAUGAGCUGGCCAAGUUAGCCAACAUUGAAAAAGAAUUUAAGGACAACAAAAAAAAAGAGACGGUGCAGCUCAAUUGCUUCUCCCUGAAUGACUAUCGCAAGCUCUCGAUGCAAUGUAAGGACUUUGUAGUGGGUGUUCUUGAUUUGUGCCGAGAUACUGAAGAAGUCGAAGCCAUACUGAACGGAGAUGUGGACGCUGAACCGGACGAAGGGCAGCACCACAGGGCUUCCCUUAGUCGAGUCAAACUGGCCAUCAAGUACGAAGUCAAGAAGUUUGUUGCCCACCCAAACUGUCAACAGCAGCUGCUGACGAUCUGGUAUGAAAACCUGUCGGGACUCCGGGAGCAGGCCACAGCUAUCAAAUGCCUUGUGGUACUGGUUGUUGCCUUAGGCCUUCCAUUCCUUGCUGUUGGCUAUUGGUUUGCUCCAUGUAGCAGGCUUGGGAAAGUCCUCAGAAGUCCCUUUAUGAAGUUUGUGGCGCAUGCUGCAUCCUUUAUCAUAUUCCUGGGCUUGCUGGUGUUUAAUGCCUCUGACAGAUUUGAAGGCAUAACAACAUUGCCCAACGUCACAGUUACAGAUUAUCCUGCACAGAUAUUCCGAGUGAAAACCACAAGGUUUAGCUGGACAGAAGUGCUCAUCAUGGUCUGGGUUGUAGGGAUGAUGUGGUCGGAGUGUAAGGAGCUGUGGAUGGAAGGCCCGAGGGAAUACAUUUUGCAGUUGUGGAACGUGCUGGAUUUUGGAAUGCUCUCCAUAUUUAUCGCUGCUUUCACAGCAAGAUUCUUUGCCUUCCUUCAGGCCACGAAAGCUCAGCAGUUUGUAGACGAACAUCAUUUCAGUGACUUGUCCACAGUAACACUUCCACCAGAUAUAGAAUACUUUACCUACGCGAGAGACAAAUGGCUCCCCUCAGAUCCACAGCUCAUAUCUGAAGGUCUCUAUGCAAUUGCAGUGGUUCUGAGUUUCUCCAGGAUUGCUUACAUUCUGCCUGCAAAUGAGAGCUUCGGCCCAUUGCAGAUCUCCCUUGGCAGGACGGUCAAGGACAUUUUCAAGUUUAUGGUCCUGUUUAUCAUGGUAUUCCUGGCCUUUAUGAUUGGGAUGUUUAUUCUCUAUUCAUACUACCUGGGUGCUAAAGUGAACCCAGCUUUUACCACAGUUGAAGAAAGUUUUAAAACUUUGUUUUGGUCUAUAUUUGGUCUGUCUGAAGUAUCGUCAGUCGUGCUAAAAUAUGACCACAAAUUCAUUGAGAACAUUGGCUAUGUAUUAUAUGGGAUAUACAAUGUGACAAUGGUGGUGGUGCUUCUCAACAUGCUGAUUGCUAUGAUCAACAGUUCAUACCAAGAAAUAGAGAAUGAUGCAGAUGUGGAAUGGAAAUUUGCUCGUUCAAAACUCUGGCUGUCGUACUUUGAUGAUGGAAAAACUUUACCCCCUCCAUACAGUAUUGUGCCCAGCCCCAAAUCCUUCUUUUACUGCAUCAUGAGAGUGGCGAAGCUUUUCAGAUGCAGAAGGAGAAGAAUGAAGAAGGAUGUAGAACUGGGAAUGGACAUAUCCAAGUCCAGGUUGAACCUGUUCAGUCAGUCGAACCUGAAAAUCUCAGAGGCUCACACUUUCAACGCCAUACUCAACCAACCCACUCGCUAUCAGAAAAUAAUGAAGUGUCUUAUAAAACGUUUUGUGUUAAAAGCACAAGUUGACAAAGAGAACGACGAAGUCAAUGAGGGUGAACUAAAAGAAAUCAAACAGGACAUCUCCAGUCUCCGCUAUGAGCUUCUGGAAGACAAGUCCCAAGCGACUGAGGAGCUGUCUGUUCUCAUACAAAAGCUUAGUGAUAAGCUUAACAUUAACAUAACAAGAUGUGAAUGAUUAGAACCACAUACACAAUGGCAAGUAUCUGCAUUAUGGACAAAACAUUUGUUUUCUUUCAAAUUCAAUUAUUAAUUAUCAAAAAUCAUUACAUGUUUUAAUAUUUGGCACCAGAAAUCGUAGCUAAAUUAUGUUUAAUGCUUAGAAAAGUAAUAGCCAGCCCCCUGUGUCUGGCACAUGUUGGUUAUUUUGUAAAUUGAUUAAGUCUUUCUAGUUUUUUGUAUUUUUUAAAUUUUAUUUUGUAUUAAUAUGUAUACAUCAUAUAACUGUUUAAUGCACACAUUGUAUAACUGGAGAGAUAUGGAUGCUUGCCACAGGCUGUGCUAAAUUCAGGUGUCACAAAAGGGCACAAGAUAGAUGUAAACGUGUUGUAAUGAUAGCACAGAUUACUGCAAUAAUACUUGUGACUUAAGCAAAACUGGCUCCACAGUUACAUUACAGUAUGCAAAUAUACUUUAGGACUAUUACUACUAAAUAUACUAUAGAACAGUCAAAUGUCAUAUUUUAUGUUACUGUAUGCACAUUUCAACCAGAAGAAACAUAGUGCUGGUAAAGGCGCUCUGUGUGGAGUGCAGGAUGAGCCCUGUAGCCUGGAGAUCUCCAGUUGCAGCCCAGGCUAUUCUAUUACCGACCGUGGAAAGGAGCUCCCAGGGGAUGGGCGCACAAUUGGCCGAGCGCUGCCUGGGG